AUGAUUCCUUCAACAAAUUGCGUUUUGAUUACAACUGGCUCUUUCAAUCCAAUUCACCCUUCACAUCUUCAAAACCUUUUACGUGUCAAACAAUAUCUUGAGAACGAACAUCAGCCAUCAUGGAAUGUUCUCGCAGGAUAUCUCUCACCAACACAUGAUUCGUAUGUACGUUCCAAACUGGGCGAUUCAGCAUGGAUUCCAGCCGAAGAUCGAUGUCAACUCUGUGAAGGCGCUAUUGAGCAUGAUAAACUGUCAUCUUGGAUCACUGUUUCGCGCGGUGAAUGUGAGUGGCCCAGUGAAUUUGUUGAUUUUGGUCCUGUAACUGAAAAUCUUUGUGAUUUUCUUAAUGAUACUCUUGUCCAUCAAGAUAAAUUCCUGAAGCAUCCAUUGCGUGUGGUUUAUGUCUGCGGUUUGGAUCAUUUUAAUAAAUGUUCUUAUCUUGAGAGGAUGGCGAAACAGAAAAACAUGGCCUGUGCGGUUGUCUUUCGAAGUGGUUAUAAUGAACAACACAUUCAUCAGUCAAUUAGAUCGACUGACGUUAUCUAUGUUAAAUUAGAAAAGGAACGUGAUAAAAUUGUGGAUAUAAGUUCGACACAAAUUCGACAAUAUUUUCAAAAUCCAACAUCCCGCACAACCGACAUUGAUCAAUUCAUUUAUCCCAAUGUUUAUGAAUAUAUGAUCAAAAAUUACAAAAUGUAA